GUUUUUUGUAUUUUUCUUUCUUAACCAUUAAGCAGAACAGAAAACGAAAGUCAAUAAAAAUACACAAAAACACACACAUAAGGAGAAGCCACUGUGUGUAAUCAAAAUCAAAAUCAAAAUCAAAAUAUUGGUAGUGUGUAAAGUAUGGACGAACCGCCAGUAAAUGAUUGUUGUUCAAUCUGCCAUGGCAACUUCCAUAUUCCCCAUCAAUCCAAUUGCUCUCAUUGGUAUUGCGGCAAUUGUAUUUUACAAGUAUGGAAUCACGGGUCAGCAUUACAGCCGUGUAGAUGCCCUCUUUGUCGGAGACAGAUUACUUUGCUGGUUCCUAGUAAGGCUUCCUCUCAGCAAGCUCAUAAUCCCGAAGCUUCGGAGAUUCUGAAAAGGAUUGAAGCGUAUAACCGUUUCUUUGGUUCACAGUCAACUGGUUUCGGUCAGAGAGUGCAAGACCUUCCGUUUCUCCUCAAGAGGUUGUUCCGAGAGCUCCUGGAUCCUCAAAGAUCUCUCCCAUUUGUCAUUAAAGCACGAGUAUAUCUUGCGCUAAUAUCAACUGCUAUUUACGUUCUCAGCCCGAUAGACAUUAUCCCCGAAGCAUUAUUUGGAAUACUGGGUCUAUUGGAUGAUGCCAUUAUAGCCCUGAUCUUUUUCCUUCAUGUUGGCACUUUGUAUCGGGCUAUACUUGUGCGUCGCUACGGAGGAUCCUCGACUUGACUGCUUGGAAUCUUAAAUGACAGUUGGUUGAACUUUGUUGUCAUCUGCAUCAUUGAAUACGAUAGUAUAGGGACGUUACAAUAUUUAAUUUGUAUGGUGGACAAGGUUUUCUCAAUUCAUAGACUUAUGUUUUUUUAAUUAACAAUUAUAAUCUUUUGAGAAAUUGUCACAAA